GACUUUAACAAACUCGUUCGAAUUGCACUAAAUUUAAGAUUUUAUGCGUGUCAGUUUAAUAAACUUCUAACUCAGGUUUUAUCAACAACUCGACAUCAUCUCGGUUUACUUCCCUCAUAAAUUUAGUUCUCUACAAGCUUGUCCUUUACUACCUCACGAUCUAAAAAACAGUUCAUUCAGGUUUAUUUAUAACUAUGUCAAGUAAUAUGCGCGGCUUGACCGUGUUUAUCGCGGAUAUAAGAAAUUGCAGGGUGAGAGAGUUAGAAGAAAAACGAAUUAAUAAAGAAAUGGCAAAUAUUCGGGCGAAAUUUAAGGACGGAAACCUCAAUGGUUACCAAAAGAAAAAAUACGUAUGCAAGCUUUUGUAUAUGUACAUUCUUGGAUGGGAUAUUGAUUUUGGUCACAUGGAGGCUGUAAAUCUUAUAUCAAGCAACAAAUACAGCGAGAAACAAAUUGGAUAUCUUGGAGUGACCCUGUUAAUGCAUGAGAAUAAUGAUCUGGCACGUCUAGUUAUCAAUUCAAUACGUAAAGAUCUUGAAGAACUUAAUGAGAUAUACAAUUGUCUAGCUUUACAUGCUAUUGCUAAUAUUGGCGGUAGAGAAAUGGCGGAAUCAUUAUCAUUUGAUGUUCAUAGACUCUUAAUAUCACCUAAUUCAAAAAGUUUUGUCAAAAAGAAGGCUGCUUUGACAUUAUUACGGUUAUAUAGAAAACACCCUGAUGUAAUCCCCGCAACGGAUUGGGCUGAGAGAAUAAUUGUUUUAAUGGAUGACACAGAUCUGGGCGUUACGCUUUGUGUUACUAGUUUGGUAAUGGCUUUAGCACAAGAUAAUCUAGAAGCGUAUUUGGGUUGUUAUGCUAAAGCAGUUGAUCGAUUAACAAAAAUAAUUGUUGAUAAAGAGUAUUCUCUUGAUUAUGUAUAUUAUAAAGUUCCUAUACCUUGGUUGCAAAUCAAACUGUUACGGUUAUUGCAAUAUUACCCGGCUCCUGAUGAUCGUAAUAUUCGAAACAAGUUACAUAAUGUGUUACAAACCAUCAUUAAUAAUUCACAAGAUGCGCCUAAAAAUGUGCAGCACGCUAACGCACAAAAUGCUGUAUUAUUCGAAGCUAUCAAUCUUGCUAUCCACUUAGAUUGUGAAUCACAGAUUGUUAAUCAAGCCGCCGUACUUUUGGGACGCUUUAUAACCUCAAAAGAGACGAAUGUACGAUAUUUAGGAUUAGAAACUAUGUCACAUUUAGCAGCUUGUGUAGAUUCAUUGGAACCUAUUAAAAAACAUCAAGACACCAUAUUAUUGUCUUUGAAAGAUAAAGAUAUUAGUGUUCGUCGUAGGGGAUUGGAUCUCCUGUAUAGCAUGUGUGAUGUCACAAAUGCAAAGGCGAUAGUAACCGAAUUACUGAGAUAUCUUAAUAUCGCAGAUUAUGCUCUUCGGGAGGAAAUGGUGUUGAAAAUUGCAAUUUUGACAGAAAGAUUUGCAACAGAAUACCAGUGGUACGUGGAUAUUAUUCUUCAGCUCCUUAGUACUGCUGGUGAUCAUGUAGGCGAAGUAGUUUGGUAUCGUGUUGUACAGAUUGUUGUAAAUAAUGAAGAACUUCAAGAGUAUGCUGCGAGAACAGUUUUAAUUCAUUUAAGGUCACCUUCUUGUCAUGAAAAUCUUGUUAAAGUAGGUGGUUAUAUUUUAGGUGAAUUUGGAAUUCUUAUCGCCAAUAUAUCAGGUGCUAGUCCUAUGGAACAAUUUAAUACACUUCAAUCGAAGUUUGGAAUGUGUUCCCAACCGACAAAAGCUUUACUUUUGACCACUUAUUUAAAAUUUAUUAAUAUCUUUCCGGAAAUAAAAGGAGAAAUUCUAUCGGUAUUUAACCGUUAUCGUCAUGUUUUGGAUUCAGAACUUCAACAACGUGCUGCGGAGUAUAUGGCUAUUGCUACUAUGCCGGCUGAUGAUCUUCUGCAAACAGUAUGUGAAGAGAUGCCACCUUUUCCUGAACGUGAAUCAGCUCUUUUGUCACGUUUACACCAAAAACAAUCAGAUACAGAGGAUAAGCGUACAUGGGUUAUUGGAGGAAAAGAUAUUAAUAAAGAUAGAGAUACUGUACGUUUUUCUACAUUAGGGUCCAGAAGUAAUUCCACUGAUAGUAAAUCCAAGAAUGAAACUGUGAGUAAUGGAAAUAAUAAUAAUGGUAAUGGGGAACUUGAUUUCUUACAUGAUCUUGAAGGAUUAGAUUUAAGUGGUCAAAAUGGACAUGCAACAACUUCAAAGCCAUUACCCGCAGGUUUUAUAACACCAGGAUCAGAAAGAUGGUUUGGUAAACUUUUGUAUAAUAUGGAAGGUGUAUUAUUUGUGGAUUCUCAGCUUCAGAUUGGUAUAAAAUCAGAAUAUCAUGGCCAUCUUGGUCGCUUUGCUCUUUAUUUUAAGAAUAAAACACAAACAACUAUCACAUCAUUUACUACAGUGAUAGAACAUGUUAAAAAUCUUCUGAUCACUACACCACAGCAACCAGCGACUCUCAUAUCACCAUCCGGUCAAAUCCAGCAGCUCUUUCAUAUAGAAUGUCAAAAUUUAUUUAAUGAAACGCCUAAUAUUCGAAUUUCAUUUAUAUCUGGGACUCUUCAUACUAUUGUGCUUAAAUUACCGAUUGUAUUAACAAAAUUUAUGGAACCCAUCGAACUUAAUGGACCAGAGUUUUUUACAAGAUGGAAACAAAUUGGUGGGGGAUCAAGAGAAAAACAAACUAUUUUGCAAUCAAAUGUGCCAAUAGAUCUUCAAGGGUUACAUUCUAUGAUUUCAGGAUUUCGUUAUGGAAUUUUGAAAGGAGUAGAUCCAAAUCCCUAUAAUAUAGUUGGAGCUGGCGUCUUGCACACAGCACAAGGAGGUAUGAUCGGAUGCUUAAUGCGAUUGGAACCGAACGUUGAAGCACAAAUGUAUCGAUUAACUGUUCGAACUACGAAUGAAUCGGUCACUAAUAAAAUUUGUGUACUCAUGGAGCCACAAUUAACUAAUAAUUCAUCGUAGAUAAAAUCUAUUUUCUGAACAAUUUAUUACAUAUAAAUGAUCUAUUAGAAUAUUUAACUUUCCUUCACUCACUUAUACACCAUAAUUUGAAAACUUAUAGAUUUAUUUUCGUUUCAAAAUUUUUGCAAAUAUUAAGUUGUAUAAUUAUAUAUGUGUGUAUAUAUUAUUGUAUAAUCAUAUAAUUCUAUUCAAAAAAAAAAAAAA